GCACGAAAUAUGACGGACGCAGCUGCAGCAACAAAUAUUGAUGCACACGGAGGCGAAGGAGACAAGUUCGGCAGAAUCACGAAAAAAUUUCUUCGUGAUCUAUGCAAGAAGCUCGAUUUAUAUUCAACGCCGUACCUCAACGACGUGUUGUAUCUACAUUAUAAAGGGUUCAGCAAAAUUGAAAAUAUCGAAGAAUACACAGGUUUAAAGUGUUUGUGGUUAGAGUGCAACGGCAUACGUAAAAUAGAAAACCUGGAUAACCAGAAAGAACUCAGAUGUUUGUAUUUGCAUCAUAAUUUGAUUAAGAAGAUUGAAAAUUUGGAUGUUUUAUUUCAUUUAGAUACAUUAGUGUUGAGUCAUAAUUGUAUAUCAAAACUAGAGAAUUUAGAACACUUAACGUCUCUUAAUACUCUGAAUGUAAGCCACAACAAAUUGCAGAUGAGUGUAGAUAUUGAAAUUUUAAGGAUGUGUAAGAAACUCUCCGUCCUGGAUAUUUCUUUUAAUCAAAUUGAUGAUAAGGAAGCUAUGAAUGUUUUUUAUGAAAUGGAAAAUUUGCGAGUAUUGACUUUGACUGGAAAUCCUGUGGUGAAGAUGAUAUCACCAUAUAGAAAGAUUGUAACUGUGAACUGUAAAAAUCUGCAGUAUUUAGAUGACCGACCAAUUUUUGAAAAAGAUCGGUUAUGCGCAGAAGCAUGGCAUAAACAAGGACCUGAAGCGGAAAGACGAGUUAGAGAGAAAUAUGAAGCAGAAGAAUACGAGAAAUUACGCCAGAGUACUUUGGGCUUAACCAGGCUGAGGGAAAGUCAGCUUCAGAAUUAUUCAGACGUAAAGGACGAAAUGAAAUCAGAUGGAUUCUUUACUGAACAGUCGGAAGCAGUUAGUUGCGCCUCUGAAGACAACAAUAUGAAUCGUGUUGGUGACAGAGAUAGCUCAGACUCUGCGGCGGAAUUAGAUGAUGCUGAAGACAAUACAGUUUUAAAUCAAGGCAUAUUUGACCAAGAAGAAAAAAGUUCACAGGCAAACACUCAUGAGGCAUCAACGUUGAGCGGCGUGAGCAAGGAAAUAAUCGAAACAAAAUGUACACAUCAUAGUGAAAAGGAAAUAAUAAAUAUGGAAAGGCCUGAAAGUCCAUCAGUGCAUGUACCUCACCGUGAAAUGUUAGAAGUGGCAAACGAGUGUUCUGUAAAUAUCACUAACGAGACUCUUACUUGUAAUGGUGAAGAUUUCGACAUUAGAUCUCCGAGUGACACACUAGAAGUAUCAGAUGACGAUGAAUGUUAUAUGUCAGUGCGCGCCAAUCGUCCGCUCAUUGUGGAGUUAACUGAAGGCGAGGGAGCAUCACAACCAGCCAGCGACACUGUCGGAUACUUUAAUUAAAACAAAUUACAGGAAUAAUUUUAAAUUAUAACGCCUAAACUACGUUUAGUUUGCAAUAGAUAUUUAUUUAACAAGCAUGUGACCUUUUUUUGUUAUUUUGUCAUGUAUGACUGCUUGCAAUAAACUGCUACGACGAACAUAUUUAACGGCAUUGAAUAAUUCACUUACACAUGCUUACAAUGGAAGUUAGCUUUCUUUUUUUUUUUAGCGGUGACUACCUUUUAACUAUCUACUGUUGUAAAAUUUUGUGGUCGAGAGGAAUAUUCAAUAUGAGUUUUUGGCUAUGACCAGCGGUGGAAUAUUAAUCGCUCUUGUGAGGUCACAUUUUGGGAGCUUAUAUUCUCAGUUUUGUUGUUGGAAUGUGAAAGCGAAAUAAUCUGGUUGUGGUGACAGAUCAGUCUGUAGCUCAGCCCGAGGUCUAGGUUAACUUGGAAUUUGACAAUUUGGUUAAGAGUUGGCAAAGCCAAGACCGUGAAACUAAUGUAAUAUGGUUGUGGUCACAGCCUGAUAUGUAGCUCUGAUAUCACAUUAUAGUCAUGUUGACAUUAUAGUCAUGUUGUUUAUGUCAUUUGUCACUCAUUUCUUAAGUCUGUGGUCACAGCCAGUGACUCGUACUGAAUGUUUCUCUUUAUUCCAACUUUGCUGAGUGACUAUCUUCUUUUGCUAGUUUGUGAAGAUCUGAAUAUAAUUUGACAACUGUUGUUAGGAAGGGACAUAAGUGAACAUUUUGGUGUCGUAAUCAGUAUGUGUCACGAUUAAGAAAUUCUUGUUGCCUGGUAUUUAUGAUUCAGUUUAGGCCACACCAGAAUAUUGGUUAUCAUUUCUUCUUUAAAUUGGUCAGCAUACUAAUUUCACACAAUCUGCAGAUUUUGACAUUACAGACAGUCAGUGGUAACAUAAAACGAGAAAUUCAUUUUCUUCUUGUUGCAUCAUUUUUU